AUGUCGAUCAUUGGGAGGCGUGGAGCAAUUGAGCUUCGAGUGUUGACUAAGAGCUCAAAAUUAUCAGCAGCAACUGUUUUAAGACCCUUUUCUGUUCUAAACCGCCCACCACCGAACUAUCCUGGCCAUGUUCCAUUGACUACCCUCGAACGUGGAGCUCUUGCGGUUGGCUCGGCCAUUGGAUCAUUGAUAAACCCUAGACGAGCGGAUCUCAUUGCGGCGCUGGGCGAAGCCACUGCGACGCCAUAUUUUAUAUACCGACUGCGGGAUGCCAUGCUCUCAGACUCAACAGGGCGUCGCAUUCUCCGCGAUCGCCCCCGUAUCACCUCCCAAACGCUCGACAUGGCCCAUCUCCGCACCCUCCCCGAGAACUCCGUCGGUCGAACAUACGCCAAGUGGCUAGAUCGCGAGGGUGUAUCCCCUGACACUCGAGACAACGUUCAAUACAUUGAUAACGAAGAGUGUGCAUACGUCAUGCAGCGGUAUCGUGAGUGCCACGACUUCUACCACGCAGUGACGGGACUGCCGAUCUUCGUCGAAGGCGAGUUGGCCCUCAAAGCGCUAGAGUUCCUGAACACACUUCUUCCAAUGACUGGAUUGAGUCUUUUUGCUUUUAUUCGGAUGAAGCCCGCUGAAAAAGAGCGUUUUCUUUCGCUACAUCUGCCAUGGGCAAUUCGCAGUGGGUUGAGGAGCAAGGAGCUUAUCAAUGUUUAUUGGGAGGAGGUCCUGGAAAAAGAUGUGGACGAACUUCGGGCUGAGCUGAAUAUCGAGCGACCGCCUGAUCUCAGAGAUAUCCGCAAGAUGAUCCGGCAGCAGCAGAAGCGGGAGAAGGAAAGACAGCAACAGACUUCAAGUUGA